AUGAACUUACUGCUGCUCCUCCUGCGCAACCCUCUGAAGACGUGCAAGUUCGCCUACACUUGGUUCGCGCAAUCGCUUCUUCCUUUGCGGCUGCAGUUGCAACGAGCAUACCUGUCAUCAUGCUCCGCCACCUUUCCUGACCUCACGCAUCGCUUACCAGUUGGUCCUGUGACCGAAUCGCGAGCGCGACUGGUCGUUGGCGACGGCUUCAAGGCAUAUUUGGUGCCAGGCGACAAAGUUCAUCUGUUGAAGCCCGGCACAAAGAAGUCGGGACGACGAUGCACAGUUGUGUAUGCUCAUGGAGGCGGCUACGCUCGUGGCGAGGCUAAGAUGUACUUGAACUAUAUGGAACGAUGGGUUCGCGUGGCCGAAGAUGCUGGCCUUGAUCUGGCUUUCGUCUCCGUCGAGUACCCCUUGUCUGGCGAAGUUCCGCACCCUGCUCAAAGAGAUGCAUUUCUGGGAGCUUAUCGUCAUCUACUGGCUUCUGGUGUUCCCCCAAGCGAGAUCAUGUUCAUGGGUGACUCAGCAGGCGGUGGGUUGAGUAUCCUCAGUGGUAUCGAAUGUCAGCGACAAGGUCUCGCACAGCCGGCAGGCAGUAUACUCGUCUCUCCAUGGAUGGAUGCGACCAUGCCCGCUCACAACGGUGGAAACGCGCUGGUCGAAACAGACUAUGUCAUUGGUGCCAACAACUCAACGCCUGCGCUCUACUCACUAUGGUUGCGUGAUAUUCCGCCAACCGAUUUUGAUGUGAACCCUCUAUACCAGCAACCGGGCGAUAUACAUGGUCUCAACCCUCAGCUGAUACUUGUCGGCGCGGGCGAGUUUGCUCUCCAAGAUUCAAAAGAUUGGGCGGAAUUGUGUGCGAAAGCGGGGGUGAAGCACCGCCUCGUCUGUGAAUGGGGACAAUUGCACAUAUACGCUAUGGGGUCAACAUGGCUCGAACCAUCGGUGCGCCGGAAAACGGAGCUCAGCAUUGUGGAUUGGAUAGCUAUAUGCGUGGCUGACACACACUGA